AGGGCGUUAUUAGUUGGCCUGUGUGUAAGAAUUUCCCCAGGGUAUUACGAGUGUUUAUGAGCUUUGUGUAGCUUUGUUGUAUGAGAAAAACACUUCACAGCAUAGUGCAACAUGGGUUUGUGUAUAGAAUCUUUGAAUGCUGUUAUGAUUGUCUUUUAUACAUGCAUGCCCUUUCAUCUUAUUUCCAGGUCCUUGUUUGGGUAUUAGUGAUGUCUGCCAUCAAAGGAAAGAAGUGCACACGUAUGACCAGGAGGCUGAUUCUCUCGGUUUUAUUGACCAACAUCAUGUUGUUGCUGUACUGCCUCACGAACCUAACCCAAGUUACGAUUAGGGACUCCCAGCAAGACACAUGUCCUCUAAGUAUGGUGAAAUUAUUGACGAAAAAUGUAAGCUCACCAUCUCUCAGCACGUCAGAAGUUAGCUCCCCCAAAGUAAACAUCAUGUUCAUGAAAACCCACAAAACUGCCAGCAGCACCAUACUCAACAUCCUCUUCAGAUUUGGACAAAAGCACAAGCUUAAAUUCGCCUUCCCUGAGGGCCGCAAUGACUUCUUCUACCCGUCACCUUUCCUCUGCUCCCAGGUGAAGGACUACAGGCCUGGAGACUGUUUCAACAUUGUUUGUAACCACAUGCGCUUUGCCCAUCAGGAAGUAGCCAAGCUCCUGCCUCCAGAUGCUGUUUACAUCACCAUCUUACGUGACCCAGUGGAUCUCUUUGAAUCAUCUUUCAAUUAUUAUCACAGAGUAGUUCCUCUCACAUGGAGGAUCAAUGGAGAGAACCAACUGGUGGAGUUUUUGAACAAUCCUCACACCUUCUACAGUCCAGAGGCUUUCAACUCAUUCUACCUCAAAAAUCUGCUCUUUUUUGACUUUGGUUUUGACAACAACCUGGAGGGUGAUGAUCCUCGUGUAAUGAGGGAUAUUCAUAAGUUAUCAACACGUUUUGAUUUGGUUCUUGUAGCAGAAUAUUUUGAUGAGUCACUUAUCCUGCUCAAGGACACACUGUGUUGGACCAUGGAGGACAUACUGUAUUUUAAACUCAAUGCUCGCAGGAGAUCAUCUGUAUCUCGACUGACCCCAGAGUUGAGAGCCAAAGCUUUACAGUGGAACGGGGCUGACUGGAGACUCUAUCAGCACUUUAAUUCUACUUUCUGGGCAAGAGUUGAGGCGUAUGGGAGAGAAAGAAUGAAACAAGAGGUAAAAGAGCUCAGGAGAAGAAAUGCAGAGAUGAAGGCCAUCUGUAUUCAAGAUGGAGGCUCAGUGGAAGCUCAAAAUAUUCACGACAGUCGUUUCCUGCCCUGGCAGCCCGUUGGAGAGUCUUCCAUUCUUGGGUACAACGUGAAGCAAAAUAUUGAUCCACAAUUCAGGGAAAUCUGUGAAAAAAUGCUCACACCUGAAAUACAAUACUUGUCACAGCUGGGCGUAAGCCUGUGGCUGACUAGACUAUGGGGUUGGUUCAAAGAUACCGUUUUUGGAGAUUGAAUUGGACUAAAAUGUUUUACGUGUUUAGUUUAGCAGCAAGCUAGAGACCACUUUGUUAUUGCACCUACCUUUGAAAUAACAUGAUACUUGAGAUGUAUGUAUCACAGCACUAAUGGGCAAAGCUUAUUUGCUUUUAUAAUAUGUCCACUGUUAGGGAAUAAUUCUGUCUUUACUUCUAAAUAUUUAACCUAUUCUGUGUGUUGACAUUUACGACCAUCCCUGCUUUUAAUCUCCCGUAAGGAAUGUGAUAAUGGAGUCGUGUUGAUACUACCCGGUUUUAUGGCCUGACCUGGCGGGCACAGGGGGGGUUUUACGACUGUGAGAACGCGGGCUUCUAAGCACCACGGAUGUCAAAGACAUCUCCAUUGUUCCCAGGUGUUCAUGUACCUCCCCCCAAUAUGUGGGUUGACUCUCUGUAAACUAGUUAAAGGGUCUACCAAGAUGCGAGGCGGAUCAGAUUUGACAUGGCAACCCACCCGUGCAGUCAGAACCUUUGACUGUGUGACUUGUGAUGUGAAUUUCUCCGGCCGAUGCUUGUAGUAAAGAUCUGUGUUUGACAUCAAAGCUCCAACUCUCCUCGUGUCUCUCUGAGUCCUAACUCUCCAUUGCUGCAGAAGUUUCCCUUACAUCCACUGCAAGGGCAAAUUAUUACGUUUUUUUUUUAGCUCACAGGAAAAAUACCAGGAUGGGACAUAAUACAGUCAGUGCUAACUAUAAUGUUGUUUUAAAUGUGUUCUUCUCAUUCAUUGGGACAUACAUUGCUAGUGUGCCCCCUAUAGGCCUGAGUCUCAGGUGCAGUUACAUGUAAUUGAUUUGAACAGUAGUGACCUUACCUGACCUGUUUACAAGAUGUUUUCACUAUUGACGGGCAUUGUUUGACAUUGCAAAUUAAAAGGUGGCAGCUACCGUUUCUAUAUAAUACUUCUUCUUGUUUGGGCCAAAAUUAUCAUCCAGCUUUAAUAUGUUCCUUGUAUGGAAAUGGUCCAUACAAAUGUUACCUCUCAUUCAUGUUUUUUUUGUAUAGCCUGUUUUAAUAAAAUACAAUUUAACUGGAUAUCUCAGCUCCAUUCAAGCGUUAUGUUUAUUCUUUGGUAUAAACACUACUGGGUGAGGAACUAAGGAACUACAGCUUAUUGGAAACUAGGAUUGGUUAAAAACA